AAGACGGGCGGCGCGCGCUGCGCUAGGGACUGUCAUAAAAGGGGUGGGACGCGCCGCGCUCGGGAUGUCGUGAAGCUGGGGGCGCUCGUCGCUGCAGCCGGCGGCUAGCGGGCGUCCGCGCCAUGGAGCGCUACGCGGGCGCCUUGGAGGAGGUGGCGGACGGUGCCCGGCAGCAGGAGCGACACUACCAGUUGCUGUCGGCGCUACAGAGCCUGGUGAAGGAGUUGCCCAGCUCUUUCCAGCAGCGCUUGUCCUACACCACGCUCAGCGACCUGGCCCUGGCGCUUCUCGACGGCACCGUGUUCGAAAUCGUGCAGGGGCUACUGGAAAUCCAGCACCUCACCGAAAAGAGCCUGUACAACCAGCGCCUGCGCCUACAGAACGAGCAUCGAGUGCUCAGGCAGGCGCUGCGGCAGAAGCACCAGGAAGCCCAGCAGGCCUGCCGGCCCCAUAACCUGCCUGUGCUUCAGGCGGCUCAGCAGCGAGAACUAGAGGCGGUGGAGCACCGGAUCCGUGAGGAGCAGCGGGCGAUGGACCGGAAGAUCGUCCUGGAGCUGGACCGGAAGGUGGCUGACCAGCAGAGCACACUGGAGAAGGCGGGGGUGGCUGGCUUCUACGUGACCACCAACCCACAGGAGCUGAUGCUGCAGAUGAACCUGCUGGAACUCAUCCGGAAGCUGCAGCAGAGGGGCUGCUGGGCAGGGAAGGCAGCCCUGGGGCUAGGAGGUCCCUGGCAGUUGCCUGCUGCCCAGUGUGAUCAGAAAGGCAGCCCUGUCCCACCAUAGCCACAGGCAGCAGAAGUCUGGGCAGAGUUCAUCUUCUUGACCUUUGGCCACUGCCUUCCCAGCUGCCCGCAGGGGGUUCCCCCUGCUGAGGAGAGACCAGGUGGACCCCAGCUGCCUGUCACCCUUCAUCUAGGAUAGUCUCAUAAAGGGGAGGCUGGGCCAGCCUGCUGCUGUCUGCUUCAGGACCAGGCAGAGAGUGAGGCUGGGGGUUCUCACACCUUACUCCACCGGGCACAUCCCAACCUGCACUGAGGCCCACCCGAGUGCUUGGUCUGGUCUCAGCCGCUCCCUUGGCAGCUGCAGCCCCCAUGCAGAAGAUGCUCCCAGGCCCAAGCUCUGUGUGACCCAGAGAAAUAAAGAUGCCUCAGUGUGGCCCGCA